AUGGUAACUAGCCUUCAAUACCAUGCAACUACUGGAUGCAUCCCAGUUGAAAGGGAAGCAAUCAUCACUUUUAAAGAAGCUCUAAUAGAUCCUUCAAAUCGGCUUGCAUCCUGGACUGGUGAAGACUGCUGUGCAUGGCCUGGUGUAACCUGCAACAACAAAACAGGUAAUGUAGUAAGGCUUGACCUUAGAAAUGGGGAGUGUUAUGAAGAAGGUGAAACUGCUAUCCUCACUGAAAAUUCUUCGUGCUUGGGUGGUAAGAUUAGUCCUUCUUUGCUUAAGUUGCAGCAUUUAAACUACUUGGACUUGAGCAUGAAUAAUUUCCAGGGGAGCCUUAUUCCAGAAUUUUUAGGCUCGUUUGAGGAAUUGAGUUACCUCAAUCUCUCUUAUGCAUCUUUUGAGGGACUAGUUCCUUCCCAUCUUGGAAACCUGUCAAACCUGCAGUAUCUUGAUUUGUAUGAUCUGAGAGCACUUGUUUCUGAUUUGCACUGGCUCCAAGGUCUUUCUUCUUUGAAACACCUCAACAUGGGAUAUGUCAACCUUAGUUUGGCAUCUGAUCACUGGCUUCAAGCUGUUAACAUGCUUCCUUGUCUUUCAGAAUUGAGACUAGAAUCCUGUGAGCUUCGCAACAUUCCCCAAACUCUAUCCACUUUGAAUUUCACUUCCCUGUCUGUCCUGAACCUGUACUUCAAUGACAUAGACUCCACCAUACCUCAGUGGUUCUCUAAUCUCACUACCUUUUCUGAGAUUGAUCUAUCAUACAACAACGUUGAAGGCCAUAUAAGCAAACUAUUUGCUGGCCUAUCUCCCAGCAAUGGUAGCUUAGAGGCACUCUAUUUACAUUAUAAUGAACUAAGUGGACAGCUACCAGAUCAUUUACAAAUCUUCAAGGAACUAAGGUACUUUUACCUUUCAAACAACUUGAUCUCAGGCUCUAUUCCGGCAUCAAUAGGAAGUUUGAGGAGCUUGGAGGUAUUAGACCUCAGUUACAAUCCGAUAAAUGGUUCGAUUUCAGAAAGCAUUGGAGAGUUAACAGGAUUAAAGCACUUGUAUCUCUUUCAGGAUUCCAGAGAAGGUUCUCUAUCCCAGAAACAUUUUCACAGGCUAAAUAAUUUGGAAACUCUGGCUCUAUCAUCUUCAAGCAAACAGCUUUUCUUAAAUGUGAGCAACGACUGGAUUCCUCCUUUCAAUCUAAAAUUCAUGAGAAUCACCAAUUACCAAAUUGGUGAUAGAUUCCCAACUUGGCUGAAGACUCAAAAGCAACUGUCCACACUCUAUCUUCAAGGGGUAGGCCUCUCAGAAACUGUACCGAAUUGGUUUUGGGAAUUAACCCCUCAAAUAAUCAGGUUAGAUAUCUCUGAUAACCGGAUAGCUGGAGUGCUCCCGAAAUCACUGGAAUUUCCAAGGGGUGCAUGGGUGGACUUCAGCUCAAAUCGGUUCGAAGGCCCUCUUCCUUUAUGGAGCAAUGUGUCAUAUCUGAGUUUGGCCAACAAUUCGAUAUCAGGAUCGAUCCCGGAGAACAUUGGUGAACAAAUGCCAUACAUGACUUACCUUAAUCUGUCAGGUAACUUUAUGAAUGGUGAGAUACCCUUCUCCAUGGGGAAGAUGAAGUAUUUGACUGAGCUGUAUUUGUCAAACAACAAAUUUUCUGGAGAAAUCCAUGAUAACUGGGGGAACUCACAAGCUCUCUUAAUUAUUGAUCUGUCAAUGAAUAACCUUUCAGGCAAUCUUCCUAGUUCAAUGUUUUUACCAACUUACAUUCUCUGGUUGAAAUUGAAUGGGAACAAUCUUUCCGGAGAACUCCCAUUCGGAACAACAAUAAACUCUACAUACUUGAGUCUGCUUGAUCUUGGAGACAAUAGAUUUUCCGGGAAAAUACCAAGAUGGAUUGGAGAAAGGCUAACCUCACUCACAACAAUGAUCUAUCAGGACAUCUUCCUAUCUGUUUGGGCAAUUUGA